AAAGUGGCCGCCAGCCAGAGUGGAGAGGCGGCUUUCAGUUUUGUAAACCAGGUGCUGAACACCUGAAUCUGCGUGGUUAGUAGAUUCAUUUCUUCUUCACACAAACAACCCCUCCUUUCCUACCAUUUUCUUUAUUUUUAUUUAUUUUUUGAAUAAAAUUAUAAUUCGAUUCUUCUUCUUCUCUCCUCUCCUGUCUGUCUGUCUUUAUGAUCGUCAUAAUCAAAAGUAAAUUAUAAAAAAAGAAAAAUUUGAGUUUUGAGAAAUGGGAAUUCCGUCGGAAAUGAGGGAUUUUUGGGCUAAACGCAGUCAGAGAGAACCUGUCUUACUCAUUGCUUCGCCAGCUGAAGAACGUAAGGUCUUCAACGCCAAGCAUUGCACUCAAGAAGGUGUGCGUGCUGGAUUUAAGGCAGCUUCCAUUGCUUGUGUUGUCAGUGCUGUUCCCACUUUGAUCGCUGUUCGAACAGUUCCUUGGGCAAAGGCAAACCUUAACUAUACAGCUCAAGCGCUAAUUAUUUCUGCUGCUUCAAUUGCAUCAUACUUCAUCACUGCUGAUAAAACCAUCUUAGAGUGUGCAAGAAGAAAUGCUCAGUUCGAACAAGCCUUGAGACGCCAAGACUGAUAUGAGGCAACUCUGUCCGAAGUCUGUAAGCCAAAAAUAAUUUGCAUACAACACAGUGCUUCCUUGUGGCACUUGAUGGCGCUGCUUAUACUGAUUCAAACCUGCGCCUGUUGUAUGUAUUAAUAUACCACCCUUUCUCCAUUUGUUUUCCUAAUUUAACUGCAUGUCAAUUUUAACACAAUGCUUUUGCUUGUGCAUUUCAGUAGAAUAUUACUUUUGUGCUCU